AUGAGUGCAACAAGCCCGGAGGCAUUUUCCAACACGUUCGGUAAUCAGUUGGCACGCGUCCGUUCCGUACCGACCGAAUGGCAACGAUCCAAAAGUCAUUUGCAUCGCAGCAGUAUUGAAUUGCUCACCAGUUGUUUGCCCUACUCAAGCAGUGCAACCAGUAGCGGUUAUUGGGAAGACUAUGAAUCGAUUGGAGCUAGUGCGCACGAGAUUAUCAGCCUCAAUCAGCACCCCGGUGUGAGCAGACAUCAGCGACUGAAUCGAUCCUGUCUGACUGUACACUCGGUAACCUGGCCUACCUCAAACACGGAUCCUAACUUGGGCAGUGAACCUAAUGAAGCAUCGUUUGGCGAGCAGUCGUCACAAAUCAAAACUAGAUCGUACUAUCAAAACACAUUUGGUUCGUUCGAUUAUGAAGAGGAACGAGAAGAAUCGGAGAAGUCGGAGGAAGAGGAGGACCGACCGAAAUCACCACGAUCUGUAAUGGUCAAAGUUCCGGCACCCACGAUUCAACUGAAUCUCUCCACUGAACUGUUGCAUAGCCAGAGUCAGUCUCAUCUUGAUUUGGUUCACAUAACCACUGUAGAUCAUUCCAUACUGGCUGUCGGUUUGUCCCCUGUGGAACGUCUCUUACCCCGGCAACAUAGUGCACCCACCCCAUCCAAAUCCUUAGCAGAGACAACAUCGAACGAGGGUGAUAAGCCAGCCAACCAAGUGCACCUUGCCCAAACGGGCCAGUACAAGCGAGGGCAGUGGUGCAGCAGUUGUGACGCCAGUGAUUCAGAGGAGGACGGCUGCGAUUCAGCCGGCGAACGUCCGGAACCGAGAACCUUAUUCGAAGCGGCACUACGCAGAGCUCGCCUAGCCGAUUCACAGCGUGAGGUGAAUCUUAAUGCUGGUAGUAAAUCGGGUCGUGUGAUGCCUGAUUGGGGCUCACCAAUUCAUGUGAAUCGACGCUCUCCGGCUAAAGUCACGCCCACUACAGCGGACAAUAAAUCAAUAGAGACCGGGGAUUUGAGGACGAGGAUCGAUACAGUACAAUCCAAAAGGCCGGACAGCCCGCUCCCGACCUAUGAGGACGGCUCUGAUUUGUACGGCGCCGGUUUUUCCUCACCGCUCUCCUGUCUGACCGAACAACAUCUGAAUCGUGCCCGGAGCCCGGAUACACUCUGGCAUCCCCGUGAAACUGACUGGUGCACAGGAAUCGAGACUUGGUUGAGCGGUCGACCACGUUGGCUCUAUCAAACCCGGGCGACUGACAACGCGCACGCAUUCCAACUGUGCUACCUGAACGAUUCGGACGGAGAUAUGUGGUCUGACAGUGGGACUACCAAAUCCGAUGUGCUCCUCGACCCCAAUGAACCAGACCCAUACUCGAUCAGCCUGCACGCGCCCGGCGAACGGGACCAAACCCAAACGGACACCAGCAGUCCUUGUUUUGGGGAUUCGAUACGUGGCACACUGUUUCGGGAUGUUUAUGAGUACGCGGAAUUGAACGCACGGCUACAAAAGGCGGAGCAAUAUUGUGAUUUAUAUUUCAAACAACGAAGUCACGAUUGUACCGACGCUGAAUCGGAACGGAAGCUAAAUGAACUGCAUGAGAAAUGUCAAAAGACCCAGCAAGAUGUACAUUUCUCCCUUGCACAGGCUUCCAAAAUUGCCCACAUGCAGUUAGAAGUGGAAAAACCGUCCUGGACUGUGGUUUCACCCAGAGUUGCUGAAAUGCUGCAAAUCACUGUCAAACCACGAACGACCUUACCCGUAAACGUCUGGGAGAAAAUGAACUGCGCUCAACUACAACUAGUCGUAGAGGAACUCCACAACGAGAUUCAAAAUCUAAACAACAAUUUGAUGGACUCCUUGAUGGAGCGGGAUGAUCUACAUCUGGAACACGGAGCUAAGAUGAUCGAACUGGAUGAUUUAUUAGCUUACCUCAAGGAGCUAUGCAUUCGAGUCUCCAUUCGCCAGUAUCGUAGACAGUUAUCUACUAGUCAUCUGGAGCACAAUUUUGUGUCCCAAACCAAACUAGCCCCUACAAGAAAUUCCGUGCCGAACCGACCGAAUUCACGUUCCUCACGACCCAGCUCCGGCCAAUUCUGGACGUCCCAACCCUGUGCUCGUUUGACCCUCAAACAGCGUCUGGUCAGUGCAUUCUCGCGACAGAACUCAACCACCUGUUGA